GUUCUCCCCGUGCAUGCGUGGGUUUUCUCCGGGUACUCCGGUUUCCUCCCACAUUCCAAAAACAUGCUAGGUUAAUUGGUGACUCCAAAUUGUCCAUAGGAAUGAAUGUGGGUGUGAAUGGUUGUUUGUCUAUAUGUGCCCUGUGAUUGGCCGGCGACCAGUCCAGGGUGUACCCCGCCUCUCGCCCGAAGACAGCUGGGAUAGGCUCCAGCACCCACCGCGACCCUCGUGAGGAAAAGUGAAAAUGAAUGAAUGAACUUUGAUAUGGACCAUUUGAAAAUAAACAACACGUGGUGUCUUUGCAACCAAAUGUAUGUUAUUGUAAUGAUUGCAUACGUUUACAAUUGGACUUAUACAAUUGACCCCCCCCGGUGUAAUUCAGGAACACUGCGUACAAGACUCUGAAGAGGACACAAUCACUCCACAUCGAAGCUCCUUAAAGAAAUUGCUCAAGGUCACCAACACGCACUGGAAGGAAGUUGUCAAAAACUACUACACACGCACACACACACAGUCCGAGCUUUAAUGGCCAUGAUGACUAAUAUGCGCACUUUACAGACUGAGCUUUGUGAUAAGGAGAAGAGAUGAGGGCGGAGGGGUGGGGGGGGCAGUGUGGGAGGAGGCUUCGCUCAUCAAAGGAGUGCUCAGACUCUAAUGACGGAUGGAGUAACGACCCCGAACGCCUCACAGCCUGACAGGCGGACGGCACAAGCAAAAAAGACAGGCGCCCCUCCUGAGCGCACCUUAACGAGACACUGUGGGUGUGAAAUGACGUGGCGUGAGGAGCUGCGUAGCCGUCAGUUCUGGCGGGCCAUGAUGGCGGAGCUGCUCGGCACAUUGGUGCUGGUGAGUGCUGUGUUGGGUGCAAGUGUGCCGGGCCCUGGAGAGUUCCCAGGGGGACCCCUGUACCCAGCGGUGGCAGUCGGCGUAGUGGUUGUUGCACUGGGACACUGUUUUGGGGAAAUAAGCGGAGCGCAGGUGAACCCUGCUGUCACUCUGUCCCUGCUGGCCACACGGAGGCUGGAUGUCCUCAGGGCCUUUGUCUAUAUCACCGCCCAGUGUUUGGGGGCUUCUUUGGGGGCCGGGGCCCUCUACUUGGCUCUACCCCUAAAAAGCACUGCAGACUACUUUGUCAACAGGGUGCCCAUUGAGUUGAAUGCAGCUCAGGCCCUCGGCAUUGAGGUCUUAUGCACCUUCCAGUUGGUCUUCACCAUCUUCUCAGUGGAGGACCAGCGACGAAGGGAAAGCCCAGAACCGGGAAAUCUGGCUAUUGGCCUGGCACACACUGCUGGAGUGAUGAUAGGGGCACGGUUCUCUGGUGCCAGUAUGAACCCUGCACGAUCUCUGGGUCCGGCCAUUAUCACAGGAUUCUGGGAAAACCAUUGGGUGUACUGGAUCGGACCGGUUCUCGGGGCAAUGCUAGCCGGCGUCUCCCAUGAGUUCUUCUUUGCGCAAAGCGCCCCCCGCCAGAAGCUGGUGGCGUGUCUGACCUGUAAGGACAUUGAGAUCGUAGAGGCGACCAGCAUGACCGGCUCGUCUCUGUCCACCGUCACCCAGAACGCCACCAGAGGAAAGCAGGUCCACAAACAAGACAACACCUGAGCUUAGCGCUCCGUGUGAUUGAUGCUACCUCUUAUUCGUGUUAGUAACGACGGUGCCAACGUUGUGCGAUUGUUUAUAUUUGCACAUCAUUAGAAUACAUGUUGAAAUACUCAUUGAAAUCCUGCCACGUACAAUCCUACGUUUGCUGUGUUUUUUUUUUGUUUUUUUGUUAGCAUCCUGAUGCUUUGAAAUGCUAAGGGGUCUCAAUGAUGCUCUUAGUUGCUGCUCAUUAGUCUUUGUCUCUUCUCUGAAGCUUUUUGUUUCAAUCAAAUAGAUCAUACCACACUAAUGCCUCCAUGGACCCAAACUCAUUCAAUGAAAAUAAUCCUCCUGUGUUGUUUAUGAAUAUUGGAUAGGAAUAAUUUGCCUUGUCUUAAUGUCAUACUCAGGAGUUGUGUGUUCGAAUAAAUA